GUGUUAAUUUAAUUAAAAAAUUACAAUAAAUAUUCAAUUUAUAAUAAAGAAAAAGAACAAAACAAAUAAAAUAGAAAAUUCGAUUAAAACAAAAUAUGAACUAUAAUAUUAUUUGCAUAAUUCUAAUAAUAAAAUACAUACGUUGCUGUUACGCCUUAACCGUAACCACCGGUCAUUGUUAUCGUAAUGUUACGGUCAAAUAUCAAGUGCCCAUAACCAAGACUCGCCUCAAGUUAGACUCUCAGUUAAUCGAGUAUUAUGUGGAAUUUGAGGAUCGUGUACGCAUUGAUUCAUUGCGCAUGUGUUGUCCUGGCUAUCGUACCAUAAUCUUUGGUCUAUGUGAACCCAUCUGUACCGAGUUGUGUCCGGCCAAUAGUUAUUGUGGUGAACCGGAAAAAUGCCUAUGUCUACGUGGCUAUGAGGAGUCUCACAAUCAUCAUGUACGUUCUAUAACCAGCAAACAGCCCCGACAACUGAGAUGUCGUCCCAUAUGUACGGGUGGUUGUCCUCAUCAUAGCCAAUGUGUGGCCCAUAAUAAGUGUGUUUGUCGUGCUGGCUACAAGGAUACCAGUAGUUGGUUCAACACCUUACGCUGUGAACGUAUACAGUGUCCCUUGGAUCAGGUGUAUGAUGUGAUCCAGCAUAAAUGUGUUAAAGUUGAUAUGAAUUUGGAAGAAUUAAUGCAGCAGGUUGGUAAGAAAUUGACCAAAGGUUUUAACAUACUGGACUAUGAUGAAGAUGGUGAUGUGAACGAAGAAGAUAAUGAAACUUCAAGUUUUGUGGGCUCGAGAGAAGACUGAUUUUUAAGUUUUUUUUAUUUUAAUUUUUUUUUCUAGAAAUUUAUUUUAUUCCCUAAAUUUUGUAUUAAUUAAAUUAGUGUUAGUAUUAUAGUAUGUGAGAGUGGGUGAGAAUGAUAUGCGUGAUAAUUGUAAAAAAGAAAAAAAUAAAUAAAUUUAAUGUGUAUUUAAAAUUUA